GACAAAAAAGAAAAAGGAAAAGAAAAAACAAAAAGAAAUCGUCUUUCUGGAUUCAUGGGGUUUGCCAAGUCGAAACCUCAAAUCCUGAGGAUCAUUCUCUUACGAUUCAUCUCCUUAGGCGUUCUAGUACUCGCCGUCCGAUUCGCCUUCCUCCUCACACUCACCGGCGGCGGCUACUGCUGCUCCGCCGACAGUCUCUGCCACUUCCAGGAGAACAACUUCUUCUUCGGCCCCACCGACGUAUGUCUCCGGCGAGAACGUUUUCGCGACUUAUGGCGGCGGAGAGCCGUCGAUUAUUACUCAUCCGUCUUCCAAGAUUUGAUCGCUGAGGGUUUCCUAUCCUCCAAUUCGACGGCCCUCUGCGUCGAAACCCUAGCCGGCGAGGACGUCGCGGCGCUGAGAGAGAUCGGCGUGCUCGACUCCGUCGGAAUCUCCAAGAAGGCGUCUCCGCCAUUGAUCCUCUCCGGGGAAUCCUACCGCCAGCCGUUCGAUGAGAACACCUUCGACUUCGAGUUUUCCGGCAAUGGCCAGCUGGAACGGUCUGUCCAGCAGGCGGAUUUCGCUUCGGAGGUCUGUCGGACUCUGAAACCCGGCGGAUUCUUUGUGGUUCACACCGAUUCGGUUCAAGAUCCGUACAGCAUCAACUCCUUUCUUGAUUUGUUCAACUGCUGUAGGCUAAUCAGGUUCAGCGAAAUCGACGGCUUGGAUUCGCCGUCGAUCCGCGAAAUCGUGAUGAAAAAGAAAGAGACUGUCGAAAAUCAUCUCAGCAGUGGCAGGGACGAUAAUAAGUGCUCUGUUCCGGGGUAUAAACGGGAAAUAAUCGCCAAUGCGGAGCCAUUGAUUGAAGAAGAGCCAUUGAAGCCUUGGAUCGCAUUGAGAAGAAACAUGAAGAACGUAAAGUACUUUUCUUCAAUGGCGGACAUAAGCUUUAAACAGAGGUAUGUCUACAUUGAUGUCGGAGCUCGUAAUUACGCUUCAAGCAUAGGAAAGUGGUUCCAAAACCAGUAUCCGAAACAGACCAAGAACUUUGAAAUUUACGCGAUCGAAGCCGACAAGGCAUUUCACGGAGAGUACAAGACAAAGAAAGGGGUAAUUCUUUUGCCCUACGCGGCUUGGAUCAGGAACGAGACUCUGUUCUUCGAGAUCUCGAGAGGCGGCAGCGAUGGUGGGGGCGGCGGCGGCGCAGCCAAUAAGAUGAAGAAGAAGAAGAGGAGAGGAAUGGGGAGGAUUCAGCCGGUGAUGCCGUUGACUAGCUACAUGCGCGACGUGAACAGGAUUCAGGGCUUCGAUUUCGCGGAUUGGCUGAAGAAGACAGUGUCGCGGAGCGAUUUCGUGGUGGUGAAGAUGGACGUGGAAGGGACGGAGUUUCAUUUGAUUCCGAGGUUGAUUAAAACGGGAGCCAUGUGUUUGGUGGAUGAGCUUUUUCUGGAGUGCCAUUACAAUAGAAUGCAGAGGUGUUGCCCAGGUGAGAGGAGCGUCAAGUAUGAGAAAACUUAUGAUCAAUGCUUGGAUUUGUUGAAAUUGAUUAGAGAGAGUGGCGUUCUUGUGCAUCAAUGGUGGUAA